CCUCCGUUAACUUCGCGUCUUUUCUAUGAUAAAUGAUGUAUAAUUCAUUAAUAUAACGCUUCUGAUAAAGUGUAUGAUAUUUUAAAGGAGGAGUGUGAAUACAGUGCGUACAGUAUAUAGAGCUAUAUCCCACAGCGCACGAACAUGGCCGGGUGCUGCUCGUCAUUUCCUUAUGUGGACUGGAGUGAUUCGGGGGGCCGGGCCUCACUGAUUACUGUAGGAAAACACAACUUUAUAACUUUAUUCUUUCUUUCUGCCGAAACUGGAUCAAAUUUUAUGGGGAAAAUGUUGACUGGUUUUUCCUCUGGUGUUUUCCGGAUGUUCGGCCCGAAGUGUCGGUGAUUUACGAAGUUUGCUGAUGGACAGAUAGCUUUACUUGUUGCUAAAGUAACUGCUAACUGGUUAGCUGCCGUUAGCUAGUCAGCGCAGUUAGCCGGCAGCUAGCAGUGCUGUUAGCUGACUCUUGCCCGGGCUGGGAGCUCCGAGCACCGGGGAUAGUGUUGGUGUUCACGUCGCUAGCACCGGAGCUUUGGCCCGCCGGGAGGAGGAGGUGUCCAGGCCCGGGGCGGGGGGACGCAGCGGGGAAUGCUGGCGGGGAGCGGCGCCGGAAUGGGCACCAGAAGCGGAUCCGGACGGGCGGGCAACGGAACCGGGCUGUGCAGCCUCGCGGGGAACACAGCCGGACCGGGACCGAACAGAGCCUCCGAGACCGACGGAGGCCAGUUUGACGACAGAGAAUACAGUACCGAAGUGGUUUACAGCGGCUCCGACCAGGACUCGGACUCCGGGGAUGACGAAGACACAGUGGGUUCAGGCGGAGACAGGAGAGGGGUGAAGCGGGAGAGGAGCGAGAGGGAGGUCGGGCAUCAGUCAGCGCCCGCCUCCGGGGGCCUGAGCGGGGGUUACGUCGGGGUCAGCCCAGGGGUUCCAGGGGCCAAACCCGGCAAGAAAACCAGAGGAAGAGUAAAAAUCAAGAUGGAGUUCAUAGACAACAAACUGAGGCGCUACACAACUUUCAGCAAGAGGAAGACCGGGAUCAUGAAGAAGGCGUACGAGUUGUCCACGUUGACCGGUACUCAGGUGUUGCUGCUUGUUGCCAGUGAGACGGGUCAUGUGUACACCUUUGCCACGAGGAAGCUGCAGCCGAUGAUCACCUCGGAGACGGGGAAAGCUCUGAUCCAGACCUGUCUCAAUUCUCCGGACUCCCCCCCUCGCUCCGACCCCUCCUCCGACCAGAGGAUGAGCGCCACAGGCUUCGAGGAGACCGAUCUCACCUACCAGGUCUCUGAGGCGGACGGGUGCUCAGAGGGUGCCAAGGAUCUGAUCAAACCAGUGUUCACCAUGUCCAACCUGCCCAGCACCACACAUCCCACGCCCUCUUCUUCCUCCUCCUCCUCCUCCUCGUCUUCGUCCUCUGUGUCCAUGCAGGUGCAGACCAGCGCCCCCUCCUGGCAGGCAACCUCCUCCUCCACCAAUGGGACAGUGCUGAAGACAUCGACAGGUGUCGUGCUUCCUGCGGGCUUCACCUUGAUGCCAGGUGCCUCACUGCCCCCCGGCGCACAUACCAUCCCCCUCAGCCAGCUGCAGGGCCAGCCUCUGGCCAUCCAGGGCCCUGUGGCCCCGGGCCACGCUGCGACGCUGCAAGCUCCGGCCACACAGCCGACCACGCUGCUCCGCCUCCCUGCCACUGUGUCACUGCCAGGAGGCGGAGUAUCUCAGCAGCUGCAAGCUAUCCAGGUUCAGCCCAGCAGUCAGCAGGCCUCCACCAGUCAGAGCAGCUCAGACAUCCACAAUCCCACCUCCUCCACAGCCAGUCUUCCUGCCUCCAUCGUCUCUCCCUCCUCCGCCUCCUCCACCUCUUCCUCAGUAGCAGGUCACAUGAUGUACCCAGGCGGUCACACGGUGAUGUACGCUGCACCGACGCCCUCACUUGGUGACGGCAGCCUCACUGUCCUCAACACCUUCCCCCCGACAGGCCAUGCCCAGUCACAUGACCCUGGUGCUGUUCCGCAGGUCUUCCUCACCUCGCUCCCUCCAGUCGCUGCUCAGAUCCCAGUGUCUGCAGUCCAGCUCCACCCGAUGGUGAUCAGCCAGCAGAGCAGCAGCAGCAGCAACCUGACAGAGCUGCAGGUCGUCAGUCUGGACGUCCACCAGUCAAAAGACGACUGACUGUCACAUGACACACACACACACUCACACUUGUUGUCUGGACGUCAUCAGAAACCGUCAACACAUUUUUAUUUUUUUAUUUUGAUCAUUUCCUGUGUUUGGUUUGUUUUGAUGCAACAAUCUUGGUUUUCUCUUGUCUUUGUUUUUCACCAUCGUGUCAAUAACAACAGCACCGUUCAGACUGCAGCAGCUGAUCACAGUAACUCAUCCGCAGCAGAGCGUCAGAGCCACACAGAGUGGAGACAGGAUAUACUUUAGCACAAGUGGUAAUAUUAAAUCAUAAACUUGUAUCUGCAAAAAACACAUUUGUAAAGUGAUAUGGAAAAAACCUGGAAUUUUAUACUUACAACGGUUUGGAAUAUAAUGAGAAUGAAGUUCUAAUUUCAUGAGGUUAAGUCAAUAUAUGAGAGGAAAUUUAGAAUCUUACAGGAAAGAAAUUAUAAUAUGAAAUAGUAAGUGUGUAUUCUGACAAACAAAACCUACUGUUAUGAGGAUAAAGUAAAAAAAAAAAAAUCAACUUAAUUCUCUGAAUAUUCUGACUUUACUCUCAACAGUGGCUCUUAGACUCAAAGAUGUCAGGCUGAGCAGGUAUCACGUUAUCAUCACACACUCACCUGUGUGCGUGCGUACGUGUGUGUACACGGCUAUACAAUGUGAGGAUCAGUUUGAGAAUGAAACCAUUUGUCUGGUUCUUACACCUUCAAAUGGCUGUUUGAGGGUUCAGACCUGGUUUUAGGGUUCAGGUUAGAAUCAGGACUGGGCUAGGGUAAGGUGCUAGGGAUUGCAUUAUGUAAAUGAGUGUCCUCAUAAAUACAGAAGUACAAACGUGUGCGUGCGUGUUGAAUGGUCUUAUGAAUGUACUGGUUUUAACCCUCAGUAUCUUUUGUUCAUGUUUUCAGUUUUCUGGUUUCACCUUGAGAUGAAAAAAAACAAGAGUGCCAAAAACAUUGAGACGCUCGUUAAAGGAACAGUUCACCCAAAUCUGUAAAUCAUGUUUACUUCACAUUCCUACUCCAUCCGUUUUUAGAUGAAUUCCAUUCAUAUCAGUUUAUUUCUAUAAAGAUCAACCCACAAACAAAAAAUCAGUCACAGUCAGAUCAGGAGGCUUUAUGUUUUUAUGUGAACAGAGAGUUUUAUUAUGGGUUGAUGCAGUUUGACUGACUUAGCAGGGUUUUCAGUCUGUAGUUAGUUCACAAAGGAAAGUAUAUUCGAGCAAGUCGGUACACAGAUUUAAAAAUCGUGGAUUUCUGACUGAACUUUGGUGGUCGAUCGUGGUGAGAGCUCAAGAAACAUGUUGGGGAAAAAACAACAACAAAAGAACUCUAAAUCAAAAACGUGUUUGUUUCGAACGUUUUCUCUGUCUGACAAAUGUUGCAUCGUUUCCUUUUAGUACAAAAGAUUCAGUACAUAGAAUUUUUAAAUGGAAAAUGCAGUGAUGUGGAAUUUCAGGACCAAUAACAGAUGAUUGUUUGUGUCCUGGGUUAAUAUCAAUUCAUUAACCAGUAACAUUUGCAACAAUGUGAAAAAGGACAAUAAAUGCUUCGAUGUAACAAAUUAGUUUUUACGGACCUAGUUAUCAGUUGAAAUUCCCUUAUCCAGAGGAUCAUGUCUUGUCCACAGAUAAGUAUUUGCACUGUGACCAUCAGUAUGUAAAGAACAUACGGUACACAGUUAGUGUGUGGUGUUGAACUGGGCCACUGAACCGGUUCAUGAAACUGUCUGUGGGUGCGGUCAUCUGUGAUUUAGUCAUCACAAGACAAACAGGAAUUGAAAAUGGACACUGAUGCACUGAUGAAUAUUUUCAGACUUUUCUCCAGUCAAACCUGCAGAGCUGAUCUGGAUUCAGCUUCAUGCUGAGGAUUGUCUCUGUUUCUGUUGGAUCUGCAGGACCUCGUCAGACCUGUGGAUUUAUUUUAUAAACUUAAAGAUGUUUUUUAGACUUUUUGACUGUUAAAGUCAAAGGUAUUUUUGUUCUUUGCUGAUUUUUCUCUCAGCAUCACAAACUGAAGCAGGUCAGAUCUCAGCUGUUUGACCUCUGACCUCCUUCAUGUGUUCAGUGUUUUCAUUUCUUCGUGUAUGGACAUAUUCAGUAUUUCCACACAGCGGUUUGUGUUUGUUAGCUGCAGGUUGUUUCCUCAGAAAUAAU